AUGGCUUCGGCGGCGCUGGAGCUGCUGGGGCUGACGCUGGCCAUCGUGGGCUGGGCGGGGGCCAUCCUGGCGGCGGGGCUGCCCAUGUGGCAGGUGUCGGCCUUCGUGGAGGCCAACAUCGUGACGGCGCAGAUCACCUGGGAGGGGCUGUGGAUGGCGUGCGUGGCGCUGAGCACGGGCCACACGCAGUGCAAGGCCUACGACUCGGUGCUGUCGCUGCCGCCCGAGCUGCAGGCGGGCCGCACGCUCAUGGUGCUGGCCGGCCUGCUGGGGCUGCUGGCCCUGCUGGUCACCGUGGCGGGGGCCCAGUGCACCACCUGCCUGCGCGCCGGCCGCGCCAAGGGCUGGGUGGCCGCCGUCGGGGGCGGCCUCUUCGUCCUGUGCGGGCUGCUGGUGCUCGUGCCGCCCAGCUGGUUCGCCCACAUCGUCAUCGGCAACUUCUACGCCCCGACGGCGCGCUCCAAGCGGGAGAUGGGCGCCGCCCUGUACGUCGCCUGGGCCGCCGCCGCCCUCCUGCUGCUCGGCGGGGCGCUCGUCUGCUGCCCCUGCGCCCGGCCGCGCCACGACGCCCCCGGCCCCGUCAAGUACGCCGCCCCCCGACGGCCCGCCGCCCAUGCCGCCCACGCCAACGGGGACUACGACAAGAAGAACUACGUCUGA